GCACCGCAUUGCACGCAGCUUGCACCGAAUCAUCACCAGAAUCUCUAGCUAGCAAAGAAAGCUGUGUUUGGCUUCGACAAAGAUGGUGACGGCCGAAACAGCUAGGAACGUGGUUGGCAUCAUCGGGAAUGUCAUAUCUUUUGGCCUCUUCCUCUCGCCAUGCCCGACAUUUUACAGAAUCGUAAAGAACAAGUCAGUGGAGGAAUUUAAAGUGGAUCCUUACCUUGCUACCGUGUUGAACUGCAUCUUCUGGGUUUUGUAUGGCUUGCCCUUUGUUCGUCCGGACAGCAUCCUCAUCGCCACCAUCAACGGCGUUGGGCUUGUGCUAGAGCUCAUUUACAUAUGCAUUUUCUUUUUCUAUGCUCCAAACAAGGAAAGGAAGAAAGUGAUUUAUUGGCUUUGCGGGGAAGUCAUCUUUAUUGCUGCAGUAUCACUGGCGAUCUUGCUAGUUUUUCAUGACCACAAGAGAAGAAUCCUUGCCUUUGGAAUUAUCUGUGAUGUGUUCAACAUCAUAAUGUAUAGCUCACCUCUUACUAUCAUGAAAAAAGUGAUCACCACAAAGAGUGUGGAGUACAUGCCCUUCUAUCUCUCACUAGCCAACUUUCUUAAUGGCUGUGUGGACUGCCUCAUACUCUACGGUUGGUACUUUAGGUCCACACCGAGAGAUGAGAAGGUCGUCGAAUUGAAGGCUUCUCAAAUCCAGCUCUCCGUUUCUGAUGGACCGGACAGAGUGAUCACCAAAGGUUUUAAGCUCUUGCAAGUCAUGAAGUCUGGUGUUCUCAAGCCUAACACGGUGAUAUACAACACUCUGCUUCAUGCACUUUGCAAGAAUGGCAAGGUUAUUGCGUGCUUGAAUCAAACAUAG